AUGGAUUAUGAAGAAUUUGAUUUCUCGUUUGGUUCUCCUUAUAUGAACCAACUCCAUGAGUGUUGCUUAGAAAAUGCAUUCCCAUUUCAAACAGAAGAUAUAUCAUCACCAAAUACCAUAAUGGAUGAAAUGUUUGGUGAAGAGUCUGUGGAGGGCUUGCUUCUGCAACACCCAAACAACCAGGACUUUGGUUUCAUGAAUCACAAUGAUCCACCAGAGAUUGAAUUCUGUGAUGGAUUUGGCUCUAGCCCUGAGGAAAAUGUGCAUGUUUCAAUGGAAGAAGAAGAAGGGGAUUGUUAUUUGAAGGGAAUCCAAGCAGAGCUGAUGGAACAGACUAGUUUAGCUGAUCUUUUGCUAACAGGAGCUGAAGCUGUUGAAGCACAAAACUGGGAACUUGCUACAGACAUAAUUGAGAAACUCAACAAUGCAUCAUCUUUGGAAAAGGGUGAUGGUUUGUUGAACAGGUUGGCUUUUUUCUUUGCUCAGGGUCUGUAUUAUAAAAGUACAAAUGAACCUGAACUGUUGUUGCAGCGUGGUGCUGUUUCUACACACAGAGAUGCUUUCUGUGUGUUUCAGGUUCUCCAAGAACUAUCUCCCUAUGUGAAAUUUGCUCAUUUCACGGCAAACCAAGCAAUCUUAGAAGCCACAGAAGGUGUUGAGAAUGUUCACAUCAUUGAUUUUGACAUCAUGGAGGGAAUCCAGUGGCCACCCUUGAUGGUUGAUCUUGCAAUGAGGAAAAACAGUACUACUUCCCUUAGAGUAUCAGCGAUCACAGUGGACGAGAGAGGUGCUGCUUCUGCUGAACAAACAGGAAGAAGGCUGAAAGAGUUUGCAGCUUCUAUAAACUUUCCAUUUAUGUUUGAUCAAAUGAUGAUGGAAAGAGAAGAAGAUAUUGAAGGAAUUGAAGUUGGUGAAACAGUGAUAGUGAACUGUAUGAUAGACCAGUGGAUGCCUAAUAGGAGCUUCUCAGUGGUGAAAACAUUUUUGGAUGGUGUGAGGAAACUGUGGCCGAGGCUUGUGGUUUUGGUGGAAGAAGAACUGUUUAAUUUUUCAAGGCUGAAAUCUAUGUCCUUUGUGGAGUUCUUCUGUGAGGCUUUGCAUCACUACAGUGCAGUUUGUGAUUCACUUGGUAGUAGUGUGUGGGGUAGCCACAAGAUGGAGUCGAGGCUGAUAGAGAAAGAGAUUUUGGGCCUCAGAAUAUUGGACAGUGUGAGACAGUUUCCUUGUGAGAAAAAGGAGAGAAAGGUUUGGGAAGAAGGGUUUUAUUCCUUGAAAGGGUUUGAAUGUGUUCCUAUGAGUAGUUGUAAUAUUUCACAAGCCAAGUUCUUGGUGAGCCUCUUUGGUGGGGGGUAUUGGGUCCAAUUCGAGAAGGGUAGGUUGGCCUUGUGUUGGAAGUCACGGCCUUUGACUGUGGCUUCAAUGUGGGUACCCAAGGAUUAUUCCAGUCACAAACUCAAAUAGAUUUGUUCUUUUUUUUUUUUUUUCUUUUCAAUUUUUACUUUGGAGAUGUUAUACUUAUUAAGUACCUUUCAUAUUUUUGUGAAAAUUUCCAGUAUUUUUUCUAUACAUUUUGAUUUAAUAGAUAAUUUCUCUAUAGAUGAUUAGUUACUGUAAAAUUUUGAAAAUUCGUAAAACUUCUUUUUCAAAAUUUUCUAUAAAAAUAUUCACAAUAGUUUUUUAAUGUAAAAAAUAUGGUAAUUUUUCUUGUAAAUGAAUAAUUUUGAAAACUCGUUCCUUGACCUUUCAAUGACCUUUUCUCCCAUCACCUACACCAUUUUAUCAUCGUCUUCUUUGAUGAUAUACUUGUUUAUAGCUCCACCUUGAAAGAUCACACUUUCCACCAAGAGAUUGCCUUCAAGUUGCUGCUUGAUAAUAAAUUCCAUCUCAAGGGUUCAAAAUGUCACAUUGGAUAACGAUCGAUUUAGUAUUUGGGAGCAUGUCAUAUCUGUGUAUUAUGCAGAAAAAUUCUCAACUUUUGGCACUUCCCUCCACCUCAAAUUAGAUUUGGGUUGUCAAAGAAGAUAAAUAUUAUUCUUGCUAAAAUAUUUUCAUAAAAAUAUGUCAAUAAUCAGGAUUUUUUCCAUUCCUAUUGCUUAUUUCUAUCCUCAUUUUUUUUGUAAGAUGUAUUAAGAAACUUGUACAAA